AUGAGAGACGCAUGCGAAUGGGAAAACUUCGAAUCCAUCUUCCACCCAGGAGCCUACGUCUACACCACAUGGUCAGGCCGCGUCCCCUUCACAGACUUCAUCGCAGCCUCCAAGGCGGGUAUGGAUAAAGGCGCCUUCAUCAUGCACCGCUGCCACGGCUGCAGUACAGAUAUCAACAUCGAAGGCACCAGAGCCGUGACCAAGCUCAAGGCGACAAUCACACAGCGUUUCGAGAUUGACGGCGUCGAAUUCGAUGUGGAAGCCGACUGUCGCUUUUGUUUCUACUUUGAGACAGUGGAAGACCGUUGGGGAGCGCGAUUGGUGCGGCAUUGGUAUGAGAAGGAUAAGGUGAUCCCGUGCAACCCGUCCAAGUUUCCCAAGACUGAUGAGGAGAAGUUGGCUGCUUUCCCUCCUGGGUACAAGUAUCUUGCGUACUUCCAGGAGCUCACGAUGGGCGUCAAAGUUCUUUUGGAUAUGCCUGGGCAUCGCCGUCAUGUUGGGACGGUAAACCUGGAACAGCAUGACUUGCUUUACUGGCAGGCCGGCGUGGUGUAG